AUGCCACCUAAAGGCAAUGCGACCCCAUCGAACUCCCGUCAAGUCAAUAAUCUUUUGCACACGCUAAGGGGAGAAGAUUUUCGCCAUGCGCAGAACCUGCUUCAAUCAAACAAGCGAACCACAGCUUACACGUCCCAUACUAGUCCGACUCUUCCGUUCGACCAGAUCUAUCUGGAUGAGGUGAUCCAGCCGAGACCUACCCAGCCACGAGGGACUACGAGACCUGUUCUGUUGGGUCCUCAAGGUUUUCUAGAAUACGCAUAUCCAAGAGGCUUAGUGCCGGGUCCCCCACCUCCCAAGAGCUGGAGAGAUUCGACUGGAAGGGAGAAGGACGAAGACAUUGACGAGCCAGCGCGAAGAGCUCAGAUGUUCUCUCUCAUAUUCUCCUACAUAACACGUCGUGAUCCUCAGGCAGGAAUUGAGGGCAGGGAGACGACGUUUCCCUCACUUGCGUUGCUCUGCCUUCAAGUCCUACUCUCUGUAUUUCCGGAUUCCGACGAUGGCGGCUUUGCAGAAGAGGUUGCGCAGUACUUGCCUCCCCAUCUGCGUCGUGACAUGUUGCGCUGGUCUGCUGUCCAUUCCCCAUUACCUACUUCGAAGUUAUAUGCUUUGUGUGAACCCGACGGUCAUGCGGAGGGUGAGCUCAUCGUAGUCGGGCCACAAGCGUCGUUGUCCCGCGAUCUCCUUAGGAAAAAUUCGUCGGCCACAAGCGGUUCUGUCCGUCAUACGUCUGCAGAGAGCACACGAGAGGAAUGGGACUCGCCGGUAUCAGAUGCCCAUCUCCCUGCGCCGUUGCAUACUAUAGUACUCCUGACUGUGCCGCUCCCACUCAACACUUUAUUGGCGUUCCCACCUACGUUGACCCAUCUAGCUCUACUUUCCCUACCUACCCCUGCACCUAUCCACCGUCUGCCACGUAUUUGCCCCCUCCUUGAGGUGCUCGAUCUCUCUUAUAAUCCUUGGCUAAGCAUGGACACUGGCCUGAGAGGAUUUAAAAUGGGGGCGGAGGUCACUUUGAACAGAGUGGAAUGGGAUCGUUGGAGCAGAUUAAAAGUAUUGGGUCUAGUGGGGUGCGUAGUUGAUGCGGAGCUCGUGGUGCAAAUCAACAAAGGACGAUGGGAGGACAUUGCGAUCAUUGGUGUAGAAUCAAUAAAUACGGGAUAA